ACCAUCUUAGUCCAAGAUCAGUGUCUCGUGAAAAGUCGAAGAGUUCGCGCCUACGUAUACCUACGAACGUUGCUCUGUAUCAUUUCCUGUUCUCCGCAUAUUUCGCGGCUCGAGGGUGGUGGGAACGUGUAUGCAUGUUUAUACAACAUGGUGGUCUUUGGCUGGAUGUUUUGCAUUUUUAUCAUUGGUAGUCGAGCGACAGCAAAUAACGGCUUCAAAAGUUAUCCAACGACGGUGAAGACCUUUGAAAAUGACACGGUUCUGCUACCGUGUUACGUCGAAGAUCUUGAUAACGUGCAGACGAGGGUGAGGUGGUGGAGAGACGGUAUCCUUUUGGCUGACAGCGGUGAACCACGACACGAACCACCUGAAAGAGUUAGAAUGUACUCAAACAGAAGCUUGGAGGUUUCCCACGUGAGACGGAACGAUACCGGGGAAUAUGUAUGCCAAGCGUCUCGACCAGCUCCCUGGGGACAUGCCACGCAAGUACACGAGAUCGAAGUAAUGUACCCGCCCAGCGUCCAUCCGAUACCGGAGUCUGGUAAGCUGGAGGUGAAUUUAGGAGAGGAAGUGGACAUGGCCUGUGUGGCAAAAGGUGUUCCAGUCCCCAUCAUAUCCUGGAGGAACAAGGACGGAGAAAUACCAUUUUUGUAUGAUAGAUCACGUCUGCGAUUCCACGCUGAGAGCCCCGCCGAUGCUGGAAGAUACACUUGCGUGGCAAACAACGACGUUGGCGAACCUGCCACGGCCACCAUAGAUCUAUACGUUAGAUACAAGCCUAGGAUCGAGAUGAUGAAAACUUGGUUACACGCACCCGCUGGAAUACGCGUGCAGCUGCAUUGCGGAGUGACUGCCUGGCCAGAAGCAACGGUGGAGUGGUAUUUCAAUAACAGAAGCGUGAAAUAUUCGUCGAGGAUAGUGAAGCACAACGCAGGCAGCGAUCACAGUUUAGUGAUAAGGAACGUCAGGACGACGGAUUACGGUUUCUAUCUCUGCAGAGCUUCUAAUUCCUUGGGAAUCACCGAGGCGGCGGUCGAAUUAUCGGGUAUUGCGAAUCCGGCCGUCUUUAAGAAGACCUCGCACAGCCUCUCGAAGACUUCGUACAAUUUUGUCUGGGAAGUUCACAGUUACAAUCCGAUAGUGCAGUACGAGUUCAGAUUUCGUAAAUACGUGAACGGCGUGCCUGGUCAAUGGCACAAAUUGUACAUACCGAGCGGCAGCGAUGGAAAUAGUUUCAUACAUACAUACUCGUUCAAAUUGACAGGAUUGGAAGAGGCAACACAUUACGAGGCGCUUGUUUUGUCGAAAAAUCGUUACGGCUGGAGUAAGCCGUCGGAAAUAAUACGAUUCGCAACGGAAGGCGCUCCGGACAAAGAUAAUUACAUAACGAACGCGAUACAAGAGGAUAAGAUCGAACCAGCCGUGCAACUCGCAUCGAUGUCGCAACAUUCUCCGUUGGACACUAGCGACAGCAGCGAAUCUUCUUUUGCCCAAGUCAAAGUGAUAACAAUUAUAACAAUGAUAUUUAUAUUAUACAUUUUCAACGUGAAUUUUUGCAAGUUGUGAGAUAUUUAUAUAAAACAUACCAACGUUACAUUAGACUAAGUUUUAUGAGUAAAUUAGGUCGAAAAAGAAGAAAGAGCCGUUAGUUGUGUCCUAUAUUAGGAUAAAAAUUUCAUUGUAAACAUUAAGAUGUUUAAAUUUUAAGAUUGUAAAUAAAUUUCAACAAACAUUAAA